GUAAAGGAUGUUCAUGAAGAUUCAAUAACAGUUGCAUUUGAAAACAACUGGCAGCCUGAGAGACAGAUCCCAUUCCAUGAUGUGAGAUUCCCACCACCCGUAGGUUAUAAUAAAGAUAUAAAUGAAAGUGAUGAAGUUGAGGUUUAUUCCAGAGCAAAUGAGAAAGAACCUUGCUGCUGGUGGUUAGCCAAAGUGAGGAUGAUAAAGGGUGAGUUUUACGUGAUAGAGUAUGCAGCAUGUGAUGCUACGUACAACGAAAUUGUCACAAUUGAACGCUUACGAUCUGUGAAUCCCAACAAACCUGCCACAAAGGAUACUUUCCAUAAGAUCAAACUGGAUGUGCCAGAAGAUUUAAGACAAAUGUGUGCCAAAGAAUCGGCACAUAAGGACUUUAAAAAAGCAGUUGGCGCCUUUUCUGUAACCUAUGAUCCAGAGAGUUAUCAGCUUGUCAUUUUGUCCAUCAGUGAAGUCACCUCGAAGCGAGCACAUAUGCUGAUUGACAUGCACUUUCGGAGUCUACGCACCAAGUUAUCCCUAAUUCUGAGAAAUGAAGAAGCUAGCAAACAGCUGGAGAGUUCAAGGCAAUUGGCCUCCAGGUUUCAUGAGCAGUUUCUUGUCCGAGAAGAUCUGAUGGGUCUAGCUAUUGGUACACACGGUGCUAACAUUCAGCAAGCUCGAAAAGUCCCCGGGGUUACUGCUAUCGAUCUUGAUGAAGACACCUGCACAUUUCAUAUUUACGGAGAGGAUCAAGAUGCAGUGAAAAAGGCUAGAAGCUUUCUUGAAUUUGCUGAAGAUGUCAUCCAAGUUCCAAGAAACUUAGUAGGCAAAGUAAUAGGAAAAAAUGGAAAACUGAUUCAAGAGAUUGUGGACAAGUCAGGAGUUGUAAGAGUGAGAAUUGAGGCCGAAAAUGAAAAAAAUGUUCCACAAGAAGAGGAGAUUAUUCCACCAAAUUCCCUAUCUUCCAAUAAUUCAAGGGUUGGACCUAAUCCUUCUGAAGAAAAGAAACACUUAGAUAUAAAGGAAAACAGCGCCCAUUUUCCACAACCCAACAGUACAAAAGUCCAGAGGGGUAUGGUACCAUUUGUUUUUGUGGGCACAAAGGACAGCAUUGCUAAUGCCACUGUUCUUUUGGAUUAUCACCUGAACUAUUUAAAGGAAGUAGACCAGUUGCGUUUGGAGAGAUUACAAAUUGAUGAGCAGUUGCGACAGAUUGGAGCUAGUUCUAGACCACCACCAAAUCGUACAGAUAAGGACAAAGGCUAUGUGACUGAUGAUGGUCAAGGAAUGGGUCGAGGUAGUAGACCUUACAGAAAUAGGGGGCACGGCAGACGCGGUCCUGGAUAUACUUCAGGAACUAAUUCUGAAGCAUCAAAUGCUUCUGAAACAGAAUCUGACCACAGAGACGAACUCAGUGAUUGGUCAUUAGCUCCAACAGAGGAAGAGAGGGAGAACUUUCUGCGCAGAGGAGACGGGCGACGGCGGGGCGGCGGAGGAAGAGGACAGGGAGGACGAGGGCGUGGAGGAGGCUUCAAAGGAAACGACGAUCACCCUCGAACGGAUAAUCGUCCACGCAACCCAAGGGAGGCUAAAGGAAGAACAGCAGAUGGAACCCUUCAGAUCAGAGUUGACUGCAAUAAUGAAAGGAGUGUCCACACUAAAACAUUACAGAAUACCUCCAGUGAAGGUAACCGGCCGCGCACGGGUAAAGAUCGUAACCAGAAGAAAGACAAGCCGGACAGCGGGGAUGGUCAGCAGCCACUCGUGAAUGGAGUCCCCUAAACUGCAUUAUCCUCAAGUUAUAUUUCCUAUACCAUUUCCGUAAUUCUUAUUCCAUGUUAGAAAACUUUGUUAGGCCAAAGACAAAUAGUAGGCAAGAUGGCACAGGGCAUGAAAUGAACACAAAUUCUGUUAACUUUCUGUUGCUGUUGUUGUUAUUGGCCAUAGCAACAAUUUUCAGAUUUGCAUACAAAAAUACCUUGAAUCCUAAAAUACUGCUUUGAGUCUACUCCUGGACUCUAGCACUUCUGGACAAGACUUUUGUUUGUUGUGGUUUUUGGGUUUUUUUAAGUACUAAGCUCCUUGUUCAUUUGGUCCAUUUUCCUGCAAUGACUUGGUAACUCACCAAGACAUUUCAGUUUUUCUAAAUAAAUAGCAUUUAUGGAAAUAUUAGACUUCUGUUUUCAAUGUCCUAUAGAAGUCACCGUGAAAUGCUAUGUCAUUUCAUGUCCUGUGUCAGUUUAUGUUUUGGUCCACCUUUCCAGUAUUUUGGUGGGCCCUGAAAUGUGUGUGAUGUGACAUUUGUCAUUUUCAUUAGCAAAAAAAGUUGUAUGAUCUGUGCCUUUUUUAUAUCUUGGCAGGUAGGAAUAUUAUAUUUGGAUGCAGAGUUCAGGGAAGAUAAGUUGGAAACACUAAAUGUUAAAGAUGUAGCAAACCCUGUCAAACAUUAGUACUUAUAGAAGAAUGCAUGCUUCCCAUAUUUUUUUUCCUUACAUAAACAUCAGGUUAGGCAGUAUAAAGAAUAAGAUUUGUUUUUGUUUUUGUUGCACUGAAGUUCAACAAGUAGUGUUAUUGAAGGGAUGUGUAAUUUUUCAGUUUAGACAGGAGAAGAAGUAACUGUCUUCAUUUGAAAGCAAGUUAACUGUUUUGACUAGGUUGAAAGUUGGGAGGGUAUGCCUGCUCUUUGGCCUGAUGACCAAUUUUAACGUAGAGCCUUUUUUCCCCCUUCCCCAAGUUUUGUGAACUUUUUCAUAUUUUCAUUUCAAGCUUAUUUUGGGGAGAUAGGAAGGUCAUUUCCAUGUGUGUAUAAAUAAUCCUGUGAAGUACAGAUACUUUGUCUAAGAAACAUUGGAAGCAGGCCAAAUGUUUUGUAGAGUUUGAAAUACAAGGUUUAAUGUAUAAGCAGAAUUGGAAAGCAGAUUAGACUUGAUUAACAAAUAAUCCGUUUUUCUUCCCCUUUUUGUUAUUUUUGGGGGUCUUUUUUUUUUAAGUGUGUUGGGUUUCAGUUUUGUUUUUUAUUUUGUUGAGCAAAAGAAUGAAAUUUACUGAGGAAAAAAUAUGUGAAGGACCUUCAAAGAUGUUAUAUUUUUCUUAAAAAAAUAAAUAAAAAUAACUCCGAGUUAGGGGUACUGCUGAAUCUGUACAGAGCCGUACAAACUGAUGUUCUGCCUCUGAUGUAUUUUGUGAGUUUGUUUCUUUGAAUUUUCAUUUUACAAUUACUUUUCCUUGCAUACAAAUAAGCAUAUAAAAACGGCAACAAACUGCACAUGAUUUAACAAAUAUUAAAAAAAGUCUUUUAAAAGUAUUGCCAAACAUUAAUGUUGAUUUCUAGUUAUUUAUUUGGGGAAUGUAUAGAUUUUGAAAACAGAAAUUGGUACCUUGCACACAUCAUCUGUAAGCUGUUGGGUUUAAAAUACUGUAGAUAAUUAACCAAGGUAGAAUGACCUUGUAAUGUAACUGCUCUUGGGCAAUAUUCUCUGUACAUAUUAGCUACAACAGAUUGGAUUUUAUGUUGACAUUUGUUUGGUUAUAGUGCAAUAUAUUUUGUAUGCAAGCAGUUUCAAUAAAGUUUGAUCUUCCUCUGCUAAAUUGAUGUUGAUGCAAUCCUUACAAAUGAUUGCUUUUAAAAUUUUAAGGUAGGAAAAGACAUCUAUAGAAAGUGUUCUGUUACAAAAGUUAACUGUUACCAUUGGAAAUUUCCCAUCAUAGGAAGUUAGCUGUUCUCUACCAGUUUUCAAGAACUUAAUAUUGUUUAAGAAAGUGAACAAAAAAUCAACAGAAUGGUAUAAAAAUACAUUGUACCAUUAUAAUAUGCACUAAGUCUAUUUUUUACAAAGGCUGACUUCAGCAAGGCGCUAACUUGCUUAAAUGUGAAUUACUAACUUCUAAAACUGUAAUUUGAUUCACGUUUUCAAAUGGAGUUGAAGUUGAUUCAUAUUACAAUAUUUGUGUGCUAAACGUGUAAUGUUUUUCAGUUCAAAGUCAUGAUGUUUUUAAAAUCUUAUUAAAGUUUCAGAACUCUGAAGAUUGUUUAUCUAGAUGUAAAUUUUUAUUAAAAAGUUGCACUUAUG